CUAUUUGGGGAGGAAACUUUAGCGCACCAGUUGAAAAUAUGCUAAAAUCAGGAAUAAGAGUCUUGGAAGUCAGAUCUGGACCCGGUAGUUGGAUUCUUGAUUGUUGUUGCGAUUAUAAGAAAUCAGAAUUUUUUGGAUUAGACAUAAUGUCAAAAAUCCUUCCCAAAUCAUCACAUCAUAAUCUGCAAUUUGUUAUAUCUGAU